ACAGAGAGGGUCAGGAAAACGUGAUCAUGAUGGCGGUGCUGAUAUUCCUUUGAUACGCAGUUGUUGGAGAGGAUCAAAGCAAGAUUCUUGCCUUGCUCAAGGCCAUUCCCAAGGAGUAAUGCGCAUCGACCUGUGCAGUACAGUGAGGAUUGUUCACUGGUGUAAGAUAUGUUUGUGAGGCGGCAGCCCGCACAAUUGUGGGAAAUGACAAUCUGUGAAUAUGAGAACAUAUCUCAACUCCUAACAACUGUUCAGUGUCUGAAAGAUGAACGAAAUCCCGUGCACGUGAAGCCGCGGAUAUCUCUGAUCUUCCAGUGUUGUGAAGGCAUUGACCAUGGCAUUAGGUUUGCGAGUGCAAAUGACCAUUCUCUAGAUCAUGAAUGCCAAAACUUGUCGCUCAUGAUACGAUUGCUAAGCUCCAAAGUGGCAGCUCAAGUGAAUUCUGACAAGCAAUCUGCCCGCGGUUGCAUUGACCGGACGCAACAAGAACGCAAGCCCAUGUCGCUCGCGCUGCUGAUUGAGGCAGGAGCCAACACUUUCGUGCCUGUUGACCUUCUUGGCCCGCAAGCAAGCACCGCAAAAGCACGACACACACAAAGUUGUGACUUCCACGUUGAAGCAAAAAAGUAUGCUUGUGUCACAUUGGCGACCUCUUUCUUCGUUGAGUUGAUUGCAAGUGUUUUCUCCUUUCACUGAUUACCCUGGCCCCCACCAACAUCCUUCACUCCGAUCGCGACACGAAACUGCUUAUCUUUUGCAAUAUCCUGUUCACGUUUGUUGGUUGUACUCCUAUUCGUUUCCAACUACGUUCACUGGCUCUCGACGAA